UGCUCUUGUUCUUCCCUGUCAAUGGAAUCCAAGGAUAAGCGUAUAAAUUACAGGGUAUUAGAGAAAUAUGUACGGAGUAAGCAAAUUAAACAGGCUUUUUUAUUUUGACAAGAUUUUUGGGUCUUAAUAGUUUCGGAAUGUGAUGCAAAAAAAUUAAAAAAAAAAAAGUAAGUCGGUGUAUUUCACUAGCUGACAUGACUACAGUAGAGGCUGCUAGAAAGGGUGUAGGAACAAAAGUUACAGGAAGCAGUGGUAAGGACACUCAGGAGUCAGGACACAUAAUAUAGAUUUGACAUAACUUAUACUUCUUUCUUCACUUUAUUUUUUAUACGUGCAACACACCUUUUAUCACGCUUUUUGAGAAGACGAUUAGACUAAGUAAACGAAUGAAUUAAGCUAUGAAAUUUAAAUUGUAGCAUCUUAUUCCUUUUUACUCAACGGUAAUAGAAUUUUUAAAAUUAAUUUAUCUGUUUUACCUAUCUCCCUUAAAAUGCGUGCCAAAAUAGUGUGUUACAAGUAAAUAAAAAUGAUGGAAAUAACUUUUAUAACUUUUACUUAUGUAGUUUUAAAAUUAUUGAUCAUUAAAAUUGUGCAUUGGUAAGUGUGAUAAAAAAGACAGGUAAAAUAAAAAAGAAAGGAGGAAGUAAGUCAUAAGGCUAGUUUUUUUUUUUAUUUUUAGACAAACUCAUAAGGUUAGCUAGAGCUCGACACAUCGUUAUUUUUUUCUCUUUAAAAGAAAAAAAAAGGGCGUAUUCACAUAGGGAGUCAAUUGCUUAUUGUCUUAUUGACAAUAUCUUCCCAACAACAAUAUAGGUCAAAUCAUAAUCAAGUUGGAUUCUGAUUCAGAUAAUCUAAAUCAUAAAUCAAGUUGGAUCCUGAUUUAGAUAAUCUUGCUGCUGAAGUGCUGAUCUUAUACAGUUCAUACAUGUGAUUAUCACUUUGAUUCAACUAAGAUAUUUUUCUCAAAAAAAAAAAAAAAAAAAAAAUUACAAAUUUGCCACGACCAUUGAACACGUUUAUAAGUAGUGCCAAAUAGAUUGUUGUCUUAAUGAGUAUAGUCAUCGUACAACGUAAUUGCUCUUGUGGCCACCAAUAAUGCAAUGUUUUGAUCAUUAUUUCUACUUGUAAAAAAGAAAAAAAAAAACACUAUACUACAAACUACUACACUAGUAUUAAGAGCAUAAAAUCAAAAUUGGUGUUAUAGAGCAAGAAAAAUGGAUCAAAUAUGGCUCUUUGCCUUGAUAUUCUCUACCAUAUUUCCAUUUUUCAUAUUCUUCUUCCUUCAAAAAUACAACAAACUAAUAAACACAAAAAACAGCCACAAAAUUCUACCACCAAGUCCCCCUUCUUUACCCAUAAUAGGUCACCUUCAUCUCCUCAAAAACCCUAUCAUUCAUCGCACCUUACAACACCUUUCCUUGCAGUAUGGUUCCAUUUUCUCUCUAAAUCUCGGUUCUUUUCGUGUCGUAGUAAUCUCUUCACCCGAUGCAAUCGAAGAAUGUUUCACGAAAAACGACAUUGUUUUAGCUAAUAGGCCUCAAGUUCUUGCAGGGAAGCACAUCCACUAUGAGUGGACUACCCUUGGAUCAGCCUCGUAUGGUCCAUUAUGGCUGAACCUACGUAGGCUAACCACCCUCGAGCUGCUCUCGAGGAGCCGGGUUAGCUCCUUUGAGGGUAUAAGAGUAGAAGAAGUUCGAUCUUUGGUUAAAGGCUUGUAUUCAAGUAGUAAAGAAAACUUUGUUAGAGUUGAAAUAGGCUCAAAGUUAUCAGGGUUGUCCUUAAACAUUUUGACUAGGAUAUUAACAGGGAAAAAGUACUUGUUUUUUGGUGAUGAUGAAAAUGAUGUUGGCUCAAGUAAUGAAGCUGAGAAUUUUCUUGGGGUAAUGAGGGAGGUUUUUGAGCUUAGUGGACUGUCGAAUGUGGCUGAUACUUUGCCAUUUUUGAGGUUUUUCGGUUUUCGAAACGUCGAGGGAAGGAUGGUGGCAGUAAGGAGGAAGAUGGAUAGUUUUUUAGAUGGUCUAAUUGAAGAGUGUAGGAGGACCAAAAAUGAUCAAGGGGAGACUAAAGCCAUGAUUUUUAAGUUGCUGGAUUUGCAAGAGUCAGACCCUACUACUUACUCUGAUCAAAUUAUCAAAGGGUUUAUAAUGGUAAUGUUGAUAGCAGGAACAGAUACAUCAGCUGUUACAAUGGAAUGGGCAUUAUCCUUGUUGCUUAACCACCCUAAUGUACUCAAAAAGGCUAGAGAAGAAAUCGAAAAUUGUAAAGGUGAUGGUGGAUUAGUAGAGGAAUUCGAUAUCCCUAAGCUUCCUUACAUCCAAUGCAUCAUCAACGAGACAUUUCGACUCUUCCCAGCAGCCCCAUUACUAGUCGGACACCUAGCAUCCGAGGAUUUAACCAUCUCAGGGUAUCACAUUGACAAGGGUAAAACUAUAAUGAUCAACGCGUGGGCGGUUCAUAGGGAUCCAAAUUUAUGGAAGAACCCUUUGGAGUUUAGGCCUGAGAGGUUUGAAGGAUUAAAGAGUGAAGACUAUAGAUACACUUGGGUCCCUUUUGGACUUGGGAGGAGAUCUUGCUCGGGUGCUUAUCUUGCUAAUCAAGUGAUAGGGUUAACUUUGGCAACCUUAGUUCAAUGCUUUGAUUGGGACAGGGUUGAUGAGGACAAAGUGGACUUAACUGAAGGUGUUGGACUUACAAUGCCUAAGGCUAAACCACUCGAAGCUAUGUGUAGAGCUCGCACGAACAUGAUCGAUUUACUGUCCAACAUGUAACAUUAUAUUGCUCAUAAGUCGGGAUUGAGGCUUAAAUAUAUUAUUCAUAAAUUCUUCAAUACGAAUUUUGAGCAUGAGAUCUGGCAUGACCUAAGACCAUCUUUAUCAAUGUCUUAAGAAGAUUUUUUUUUAUAUCAAUGUAAAUGUAACUUCUUUA